CGCUCAAGGCCUUUCACGGUUCGAGAAGGCACGAUGUGUCUGUAGACAGAGAAAACCCUAAGAAUUUCUCGAAAUUCAAAUAUCAGAAAAUCCAGCAUAAUUAUUUUUACUUGAUUAGUUAGAAGUCGAUUUGAGAGAAUCAGUUGUAAUAAACAAGUUGCGAUGGGGAUCAUAAGAAGAAGUUUCUUGUUAAUUGCAGGGACGGUGUGUGGGAUUUACAUUGCUCAAAACUAUAAAGUUCCGAACAUCAAGAAGCUGGCUAACGACGUGAUUCUCAUGGCCAAGCGCACUGAAGAGACAUAUCGCAAGCCUAAGAGGAAAGACGACGAAGAUUAGUUGCUGCUUAAGGAUGCCGUUUUGUCAAAGAAAAAGGUUUCACUUUAUUAUUCUUUCUUCAAAUUUAUAAGUUUUUCCGGAUCAGAUGCGGCUGUGAAGAGAAAAUAAUCUAUAAAAACAUGCUCAAUUUUGUCGUGGAAUAGUUACAAUGAUUCGUCAAUACAAUGCAUUACUUCUUCAA